UCAUAACAGCAUCAUCCUGUUCAUCGCUCUUCCUUUAGUCUUUUAACAAUUUACUGGAGUUUCAUCUCCUGACUUUCAAAGCUGUUUGACGCCUUUAACAAUGCUCCCAUCAGUCUGUAAGGAGACUCUUUGUCUUAAGAAAACUUUGUGCAGCAGUUUUGUUGAUGAAAAUGCCUGAGAUACAGUAAGCAAGUGCAGCUCACAGUGCAGGGGCAAGGCAGAGGAUUAUGUUGGCUGCCAGGAUCACAGCAGCACUUAUCUUUGUCAUGGUGCAAGGCUCUGGAGCCAUGGCCCCAGGAGCAGCUUGCUGGGAUGAACGUCUGUCACACGAGGGAAAAAACAGCAGCUGCGUGGAUUCAGAUUCAGUCCAGCCUUUCCUCGUUUUCGGUCAUGGUAAAGCCCUUCACAGAAUGGACUUGGAUGGGAGGAACCACAGAAGAGUUUUGGCUGGUGUGGGAAGUGCUAUCCUGUUUGAUUUCCAUUACAGGAAAGAGGAAAUUUACUGGGCCAACAAAAACACUGGAGUCAUCUACAAAACAUCAGUGAUGGGAGCUAAUAAACAGAAACUGUCCUCUGACAAACACAUAUCAGGACUGGCAGUGGACUGGAUUGGGAAUGGUUUAUACUGGACAAGCCAAGAAAAGGGAAAAAUUAAGAAAAUGGACCUUAAUGGAAAAAAUGAAAAAACUCUUCUAAGACACCUGAUCCAACCAAGUUCUAUUGCUCUUGAGCCAAUAAGCAGAAUUCUAUUUUGGCAGUCUGUAGGGACAACUCCAUGCAUCCAACGGUCUGAUAUCAAUGGACGAACAAUAACAACCCUUAUUAAAAUAACAAAGAAAAUAAAGGCACUGUCAGUUGACAGACAAGACAAAAGGCUGUUCUGGAUUCAGUUAGGUUUGCAAGGAGAAUGUGCUAUUGUCUCAUGUGAUUACAACGGAAACAGCGUUCACAUCAUUGACCAGGCACUAAGGUCUCAGACUUUGGGAAUAUCAGUUUUUCUGGAAAACGUAUACUACACUGAUGCUUCAUCUAAGGUUAUAAAAGAAGUAAACAAAUACACAGGUGGAAGGACAGUAGAUGUCAACAAAAAGCAAAUGGCUAAACCCCCAGUAGGGGUUAAGGUGGUGCAUGCCCUCAACCAGCCUUUGGAGGAUUCUAAUUCAGCAUUUACAGGUUGUGACCCUCAGGGUGGAAACUGCCUAAGCAUUUGCUCUAAUUCAGCAGAGCCAGGAUUAUGCCAAUGUGCUGAAGGUUUUGCACUUAGCAAGGAAGGCACUCACUGCGAAGAUGUAAAUGAAUGUGCCCACUGGAACCAUGGCUGCUCUCUUGGCUGUGAAAACAUCCCAGGCUCUUAUUUCUGUACUUGUCCUAAAGGAUAUGCCCUCUUACCAGACAGGAAAACAUGUGGAGAAAUUACACAGUGCAAAGGAAAUGUGACAAAGUGUGGCCAUGGAUGUCUGACAACAGACAAGGAGCAGAUCUGUGUGUGUCCUGAAGGAUCGGUACUACAGAGUAACGGACAGGCCUGUACUGGCUGCUCAUCACCAGACAUGGGGGGCUGCAGUCAGCUCUGUAUUCUAAUCAGCCCUAGUAGAUGGAAAUGUGGCUGUCAGCCUGGCUACCAGCUCCAUCAAGAUGGUAAAGGAUGCAUUGCAACUGGACCAGCACCUUAUCUGCUGGUUGCUAACAAAGAAGAUAUAAGAACAAUUAAUCCUGAUGGUACUGAUGGUAUUAUUCUGGUAGAGGAGCCCAGAGCAUCAGUCACAGCUUUGGACUAUGAUCCCGUCCAGAAUAACGUGUACUUCACAAGUAUAAGCCAAAAGACUAUUGAGCGGAUCAAUAUAAAUGGAGGAUACAGAGAGAUUGUUGUAUCAGAGGAUCUGAAUUCACCAGAAGGACUGGCUGUUGACUGGAUCAAUCGUAGGAUCUACUGGACUGAUACUGGCCGGGCAUCGGUUGACUCCAUUACCUUGGCUGGUCUAAACAGAGAAGUUAUUGUCAGCAAAGGUCUGGAAAAACCCAAAGCUAUUACAGUCCAUCCUUUGGCAAAGAAGUUGUUUUGGAUUGACAUAGGAGUCCAUCCAGUUGUAGAAACAGCCUCUUUGGAAGGCACAGCAAGAACUAUAAUUGCAAGCACUGACCUUGUAUUACCAAGUGGCCUGACCAUUGAUUUCACUGAGGAUCGUCUGUUUUGGUGCGACCAGCAGAGAGGUGUGGUGGAGACAGCAGCUCUGGAUGGCUCAGACCGGAGGAUGCUGCCAGAAAACCAAGUAGGUCGGCCAUUCGAUCUUGCAGUAUUUGAGGACCAGCUCUGGAUUUCAGAUCAGAAAAACCAGGCACUUAGAAGUAUACACAAGCGAACUGGAAAGGGACUCCAAACCAUUCACAGCAAGAUGUUCCAACCAGCAUCCAUUGUAGUGGUGCACCCUCUUGCUAAACCAGGGACGGAUGUUUGCCUCCAUCAUAAUGGUGGUUGUACUCAGGUGUGUGAAAGCAAACUUGGAUUUGCUCACUGUUCCUGUCUGCCUAGCUACAUCCUUUCAGCUGAUGGGAAAACAUGCAGGCCUGCUGAUUCGUCUAAUAUAACAGGUAAAUCCAAAGCUGCAUGUCCUGAGAUGUUUACUUUUAGAUUCAGAAUCAAAUUGAUUGAUUUGUUGUUUCCUAAAGGCAACAUGCUCAGUGUGUUUACAGAAAAAAUGGUUUCAGACCAAAGUGUGUGUUCCUCUCUCCGCUGUGGUGUGAAUGCACAGUGUCUGCUGCAGGCUAACAGCCCCACAUGUUUAUGUGUGGAAGGUUUCACAGGUGAUGGACAGUUGUGCAUGGAUAUCGAUGAAUGUAAACUGGGAACACACAACUGCAACAGAAACACAGAAUGUCAAAAUACCCUGGGGAAGUUUUUCUGCAAGUGUCAGGCCGGACAUAACAGCAAUGAACAAACAUGUCAAGACCCUGAAACUACAUUAUCAGUGACCACAGGCCGACCUGCUGAUGUCACUUUCCAGCACCACAACAGUAAUUCAGCUGAGAGCUGUCCUUCUACCCAUGAGUCAUACUGUCUGUACCAGGGUGUCUGCUUCUACUUUCCUGAGAUGGAUACAUAUGCCUGCAACUGUUUGCCAGGCUACGUGGGAGAACGUUGUCAGUUCAGUGACCCAGAGUGGUGGGAGCUACAGCAGACUGAGGAAGAGAAGAAGAGGAACGUGGUCAUUGCGGCCUGCAUGGUGGGGCUCAUCUCCCUACUCUCCAUCACUGCCUGUGUCACCUACUGCUACGGAACAAAGAAAUUCUGCAAACACCCUUCGGUGGAUAAUGUGAGUGAGAGCAGUGUGACAGAAGAUAGCAUGUCAGUAGCAACUAGUUCCAGUACACCUCAGAUUUACAUGCUGAUUGAAAACAGUCUGGAAGGAAAACUUCCUGCCCUGGCCUGCCCCAGGAGAGCCAUCUGUCCGUCGUGCUCUUCAGAAACAAGUGACACCCAAGGGUCUGAAGAGUCGGACACACUGUCCAAACACAACAGAGGCUACGAGUGUUCCAUGAUGUCGGCUGUUGCCGUGGAUAUCAGGGCCCCUGUCGACUGUCAGCGCAGUCAUUCGGUGUCAAAUACAUAUUCUUGUACAACUUUUAAACCGGCCACUCUCUCAGACCACCACCCCAGAGGUGGAGUGUCCUAGGACCCCAGAGAUUGAUACCAUGUUACAGUGAAAACUCCAGGCCACAGCUUUUUAAAUCUGUCCAUGUCUGUGCUGGUUUUAUGUGUCACAUGUGUGGGUGAAAAGUUUGUCUUGUACAUAAUGUUUCUAUAUUAAUAAAUUGGUAUGUAAGUAAGUAAGUUAGCUUAAAAAAUACACAUACUAAGACUAAAAUCUAGUCUAAUUUUGCCCAAAGUUAUGCAUAAAAGACAAAUUAUACAUGUCUGCUCUCUCUUCUUUUUUCUCUUCUCUAUUGAACAUGAUGUCAUUUUUUUUUAUUAUAAUCUUAUAGAACUUAGGUGCCUAAUCAGGAGUAGAUUGGUAUAUAUAAACAAUCCACUCAGAGCUUAAUGGAAACAUUUGUGAUUUUUUUAACUGAGUAUAUUUAUGCACUCAUUAAAUGCAGUGAUUUCCCCAUAUUUGUUGUAAAUAGGGCAGCACAUUCUACAGCUUCAUAUGCCACAGAGGAUUUGCUUUAACACUAAGGAAAUUAUAGACAGUUUAUAAUAAUCAAACACACACAUACACACACACUGGGUUUUAGAAAUUAAAUACAAACUAAAGAGAAGAUCUAAGUAUUUAGCUACAGUAUAUUCAAAUUUAGCAUGAAUAUUUAUAUCUCUAACUUAACUAGUGUUUAUCAAACUCACAGGUUUCUUUUCAUCAGAUUGUAUUUGUUAUCAGCUCCAUUUUCUUACUCUGAAAAUAGCAUUUCUUCAAUAAAAACUUUGAUUUCAUAAAUAAAACUGCUUUUUUUAACUCCAUUAAACCAUCCCAUUUCCAUUUAAAAAACACAUUCUGUUAAAUUGUUGUGGUAUAAUUGAAAGAUUAUGUUGACCAUUAACAGCAGUCUCUGUCUCAUUGCACCUCAUCAGACUUCUUUAAAACUCUUCAAAGACAAUGUAUUUCUAUUCUCCUCCAAAUCUAACGCUCUAGUGGUGCUGGUACCGAUGCUGCUACACUCCAUCACCACAGACCCAUCUGUCCUCUGGCGUCUCAGUCCCUUAC